AUGGAUCAACUAAUCACACUUUAUCAUGAGUGUUGUGCAACUUAUCAUGUUGAACCCAACGAAACGGUUGUAGGAGAAAUUGAAAAGGCAUCACACGGCGAUCAUCAAACAAAAACAUUUAAUCUAUCUUCAUUAAGCAUUCCAGAAGCACAAUAUACAGUAUUAGGAAAAAUUUUUUCACGUGACUUUUUAUUUACCAGUAUUCAUCUUAAUGAUUGUAAUUUAUCAAAUGAAGCUCUACAAGCUUUUCUUCAUGGACUAGUGACGAAUACAACAUGCAAAACAUUGGAAUUAAAGGGAAAUCGUAUUCAUGGAGCUGGUACAGAAGCAUUAGCACAAGUUCUACGAAGAAAUCAAACGUUACAAAAUUUACGACUUGAAUGGAAUCAAAUCGGUGCAAUGGAUUCUCCAGCUUUUAGUAGUUUUUGCGAUGCUAUUAGUAUGAAUAAAAGUUUAAUUGAACUCGAUUUACGUAACAAUGAUAUUAGUCAUGUUGGUGGAUCUGAAUUAGCAGCGGUAUUAAAACGAAAUGUGACAUUGCGUAUCUUAGAUCUUCGUUGGAAUAACAUUGGACCAGUGGGUGGACGAGCUUUAUUAGCUGUAUGUCAAUCAAAUUCAACUCUGAAUGAAAUACAAUUAACUGGUAAUAAUGUACCCGAUGAUAUCAUGCAAAAUAUCAAUAAUGCAUUAGCAAAAAAUACUGAAAAACGUCAGGUGCAUUUUGGACAUUCGAAAAAUAUGGCUGUCAUUGCAAGACAACUACAAAAUGUUCAUACAGAAAAAGAUCGACAAAUCACAAGUGUACUUCAGCGUGUAUCAAUACAAGAACAAGCCAUGCUCAAAGCAAAUAAAUCUUUAGCUGACAAAGUUAAAAAAUUACAAGAUGCAUUAACUGAUCACAAAUUAGCAUUUAAUGCUGUAUCAGCAAAAAAUGCAUUACUCGAAGCAGAUAUAACGGUUGCAACACAACAAUACAAUGAUGCACAACAUGAUAUCAAAAAGUUGAAAAUUGAAAAAGAUCAAUUGUUACAUCAAACUCAACGAGACUAUCAACAAGAAAAAGAUGGAUUAUUCAAUAUUCAAGAGAAACUUCAACGAGACUUGAAUGAAAGUUUAGAAACACAACGGCGCCUAAGCGAAAAAGUUCAUGAUCUUGAACGAAAAAAUGAAACAUUGCAAACAACAGUUCAUGAACUUCGAGAGGCUAUAACAAUCAAUGAUCGUGAUCAUCAUUUGAAAAUUGCAUCGUUAGAUGAUGAAAAUCAACGUCUAAAAUUGAAGCAUAAAGAAGAUUUAAAAGAUCAUGAACUCAUGAGUACGCGAGAAAGUCAACGUUUAAAAGAAUCCUAUGAAACGAGAGAACAAAAUCUAAAAGAACAAGUAACAAAACUUGAAAAUUUUCGAACAGCAUUAGAACGAGAAGUAAAUUCUUUAAAAUCAACUAUAUCAACGCAAAAGUUAAAUUAUGAAGAAAACUUCCAACAAGAGAAAUUACGCUUGAAAAAUGAAGAAGAAAAAAAACAGCAUGAACUUCAAGAUCGUAUAAGUUCAUUGAUAACAACAAGAGAAGAUCUCGAAUCUCGAUAUGGUCAACAGCUGUUAUGUAAUCGAGAGUUUCAACAAAAAAUUAAUUUUCAACUAGUUGAAAUUGAAACGUUGAAACGACAAAUAGAAUCAGUUCAAACGUCUAAUCUUAGUAAAGAUACAGAAAUCCUUGAAAGUCGCGAAAAACUUAAAACUGAUUUUGAAAAAAGAUUACGUUUGAUUCAAAAAGAUAUUGACAUUAAUACAGAACUAAAAGAUCGUAUAAAACAAUUAGAAAAUGAUUUGAAAGGUAAUUACACUUUAACUCUAUUAGAAAUAUAUUAUUUUUCAUCAAUAGAUCAACGUUUUAAUGAUCGAAAUACAAUACGUGAACUUGAAACACGUUUAGCCGAUAUACAAACAAAAUUAAAUCAACGAGAACAAGAAGUUAGUCGAUUGAAACAUGAUGAAGAGAGACGACUGCAUUUUUUACGUACAGCUAUGUUAGAUUAUAUUGGUCGUGGAACAAAAGCAAAUUAG